CAAGAGACGGCUGCAACGAGCAAGAUGCCCGUCGCGCGAGCGCUGCAGAUCAGGAAGACGUAGGAUAGCACAGAAGUGGCCCAUGCGGAGCACAAGGAUGAAUGAGUCUGCUCACACGUUUGUUUGUUUCAUUGAUUGCUUACAUUGCUGGCAGGAGCUUUGAGUGGCUCACUCGUCGGAUCUCCCUCGCCGGAUAUCUCUCACGCCGCGAUGCAGAAGAGGCCGUCAAGAGCGGACAAGUCACGGUGAGCAGAAGAGAUGCCCUGCAAUACUAUCGCCGGCACUGGUUUUGAGCUGGUUGUGUGUGCAGGUGGACGGUCAGGUGGUUCGUCAGAAUGUGGAGGUGUGCGAUGAGCAUGAAGUCUUCUACAACGACCUCUAUGUGCCGCCGCCCGGCGUGCCCAGGCUGUGGGGCAUCAACAAACCAAAGAACGUCAUCUGCACUUACGAGCACAAGAAGGUACGGUACAUCCCCUCAACCAGGCGGCUCAGCUGACGUGUAUUGUAUGUAUCAUCACUGGCUGCAUUAAUGCGCCUCUCAGGACAUCAUGACGAUAUUUCAGCUCCUGCGAGAGAUGGAGGAGCACUCCAAAACUGACACGUGGGCGUGCAGACAAUGGAAUCACACACAAGGGAAGGGCUUGCUGACGGUAUGUGUGUACGUGUGUGUGGCUGUGUGCGUCAGUGGGUCAGGCUUCGAUCUGCCGCCCCAUCUCGUGCUCGUGGUACGUGCACAUAACCAACCAAGCCAAGCAUGCUGCUGUGGCCUGAGCACAGACAUGGGAUGUUGUUGUUGCUGUGUUUUUUUGUGCGUGUCAACCAACCGUGUAUGUGUGCAGGGUCGUUUGCCGGUGAAUGCGGAGGGUCUGAUGCUCUUCACCAACGAUGGCGACUUGGCCAAGAGGCUGCUCGACCCAAACAACAGAAUACAGUCGGUACGCUUGUGUGCACCUACUUACUCACCGCCGUGUCUGGGAUGGAUGGAUCUAUGUGAUGCCUGCCCUGCCCUGCCUGCGUGGGUGCCUGCGUCCGUCAGACAUACAUGGUGCGUGUCCACGGGCGGCUGCCCCCCGACAACCUCAGGAGCAUAUGGUAGGCUCAGCCGUCUCGGACGGAAACACUUGCCAAGUGUGUGUAACGGACGGGUGUGUGCGCGUAGGUCUGGUGUGACGGUCAACGGUGUGGACUACGGCCCUGUGUGGGUGGAGAUCCUACGCAGAUGUUGGGCCAGCAGCUGGCUACGGGUGGGUAGGGCGGCUGGUACAUGCCUGCCUGGGUGGAUCGGGAGGGAGGGCACCAUGGCACCACACACACAUACUCGCCGCUCGUCUCGUCUCCCUCACUCAGGUGCGGUUUGUCGAGACCCGCGACAGGUGCCUUCUCACACUGUUCCGCAAAUUCGGCCUCGAGGUGGGAACGGAUGGAUGUAUGGGCACGGAGUGGUCUCUGACUUGUGUGUGCAGGUGAAGCGUUAUCGGCGUCACGCCUUUGGCCCCUACUUGGGCUCUGAGAUCGAGGACGGCACUGUGCUGCAGUUCCCCAUCCACAGAGCCAUUCGGCAUUUGGUUCCCCAGAGAGAGCGGCGGAUGAGCAUCGUCCCUGCUGCAGGCAGCCUGGUGGACACUCAGGGCGACGUCAGCUCUAUCUUCGACGCUCCCCGCCUGUCGGCAGCACACCACCUUUAUCUGUCCGACGACAAUGACGAACCCCACCACCAACACCAACAACACCAGGGAGCCGACCGGGCCGCUGCUGGCGGCUGGACGUAUGAGAUUGUCGAUGGGGAGGGCGGCCCGGCCGUGCCGACAGAUGAGAUGGGAGGGGAGGUCAUCGACGAAGGUGAAAACGAUGUUAUGAGUGCUGGAGAUGGCGACUAUGGCGAGAGGGAGUCGAGGGCCGCAAGUGUCAUGGGAAGCGAUGAGCCGUCGGCCGCCGAGGUGUUCCACGUCUCUGCAGCUGGUGACAGUGAAGGCGAUCCCUCAGUCUCAGCUGAGGAUAACAGAGGUCUGCCGGGCAGCAGGCGAAAUGCAGAUGCAGCAGACACGAUGAGAAAGCGGGAAAGCGAUGUGACCACCAGGGGUCGCAAGAAGAAGCCGCCUGGUGGUAAUGGUGUAGCUGUGGAGGUGCGUGAGAGUGUGGGUGUGGGGCUGCCACUGUACGUGCCGCCUGAGAGAAGGUCGGUGGCUCAGGCACUUGACGUGCUGACAAGACAGGCAGGCAGGCCAUGACUGACGGGCGCUUCUGUGGAGAGUGGGUCACAUGAAAUGAAGGGCUCAACGGGUGACCUUUGCAAUGGUUGGUUGGUUGGUUGCAGUGCACGUAUUCACAC